AGCGUAUCAAACAGCUCACUGGCCUGUUUCACGUAGCAGGAUUUCGUAUUUGCAGGAUAACUUAUUGGAUUUAAGGUAAACCAAUUUAAAUGGACUUUAUCUUUGUUCACUUGCAUUUAGCUCAGACUACUUUAAAUCCGAUAAGUUAUCUGGCUAAGCAAGAAAUCUUGCUUUGCGAAACAGGCCUCAAAUGUCAGUGUUAUAGUGGGGAUACAUACAGAAAGGUCAAACGUUUUCUCUGAUUAGUAUGUCACCUAUUUAUGCACAGACAGUAACACAUGCCUAUCAGCAGUCUAAAUAUACUCUCCCUGUCCGAGCUCUCCAAGAAUGGAAGUUAAGGGGGAUCCAUUUGUGACCUAAAAUUAGCCUCCUGAUGACCAAACCAUGCUGUCUGGCUGUGCAAUUUCAAGCUAGCUCCAAACUUCGUCUGAGCUUACAUGUUUAUGUUCUACCGGACAGAGAAACCUCUUUUAAAGUCUUUUUUUUAUGCCAUGGCAAAAAAUUAAGGGGAUACCAACUUCAGUGUUGAAGUGGAUCUUGCUGGAGUUUUCAGUGAGUCAUUUUUGUGAAGUAAUUGUAGAUGGAGCUUUGAAAAAUUCUUCUGAAUAAUGGUGCUUCAGAAAGCAAUAAACAUGAGUUUAAUGGACAUUUCCAAGAUGUUCUCUAUGCUCCAGCCGAAAGAGGAAGAGGAUACAGACAAUGGAGAAUGUCGCGAGCUAAAUCAAGCUGUGGCCAAUGACGACGAGAAGCUCCUAUCUGAGCUGCUGGCCCAGGAGAGGUACAGAAAAUUCAUCAAUAGCCGCAGCGGAUGGGGAAUCCCGGGGACACCCUUGAAGACCGCCGCAUCCCAGGGCCACGUGAGGUGCCUGGAGGUUCUUCUCUCACAUGGAGCUGAGGUGGACAGUCUUGACGUGAAGGCCCAGACUCCUCUCUUUACAGCCGUCAGCGGGAAACAUAUAGACUGUGUCAGUGCUCUCCUGAAGGCCGGAGCAGACCCCAAUGGUAGUGUGUACAACAAUUGUUCUCCGGUCCUUAUGGCUGCCCGUGAAGGAGAUGUGGAUAUUUUGAGAGAGCUUCUGCAAUACGGAGCAGAGGUUAACGUCAGGCCCAAAGUACCAGAAUGGGCUUCCAAUGCCUCUGGCUGUACUGGCCCUCUCUACCUUUCAGCUGUUUAUGGACACCUUGACUGCUUCAAACUGCUUCUUCUGUAUGGCGCAGAUCCAAAUUACAACUGCAGAGAGGAGAAAAUGCUUGCAAGGAUAAAACAACCCAAGACAGUUCUGGAGAUGUGUCUUAGAUACGGCUGUGGAGUAGAGUACAUUCAGCUCUUGACAGACUUUGGUGCAAACGUCUACCUGCCCACUCUCAUAAUUGAGAAAACCACAAAACAGAAUGAAGCUGUUGUUCUGCUCCUUAAGGAACGAGUCUGCCCCAAAACGCUGAUGUCUCAAGCACGCCUAGCUAUCCGCAGCUAUCUCCCGAUGGCUAACAAAAUGUGUUCCAUUGAUUGUCUGGAUCUCGCCCCAGUGCUGAGGAAUUAUCUGAAACACACUACAUGAGGUUCACCCAAAGACGUUUAAUUGAAAAAUGUCUCAAGUAUUCUUGGAAGCCUUCAUCGUGGGUACAUUAGAAAUGCAUUUCUGACGUGCUAUAUCUUUUUAUAAAAAAAAGAAGAAAUGUACAGGAAAAAAAAGUUUUUACAUUGUUUAAAUGAGUUAUAUUUAUUGUGUUUUUUUUUCAAUGAAGCAUAACAAAUAUUACUAUGCAGUUUGGGGCUGAAAGCAAAGACUUGCCUCGUGUUUACUGCCAUUCCUCUAUGAAUCUACUUUCAUGUGCCAAGCAAAGCUUUCCUAACAUACACAGUUUGAAGCAUUUGUGCAUUGAAUUGCAGUAUUUUUGUGUCAAAUAGAUCCAUGUCAAUAGAUUGUGACAGUGUGCGGAUCGCGUGCCCUACAAUCGACUGCUGUCCCUCCCAGGGUGUCUCCUGCCUGUCCUGUGCUUCCAAGGAGAGGCUACAGGCUCCCUGUAACCCUGCACUGGAGACGUUUUUGUUAUUCAAGAUGGAUGGAUGGAUGGAGAUGUAUGCAUGUAUGGACUAUUGUGUAAAUGACCAUCAUUCAUUUUUUUUAAAUGUUCUAUAGCCUUAUCUUAUAGCAGCAUGUAUUGUACUAAGGUAUCCAUUGAUACAAUGAAAUCUGAAUGAAAGUCUGCGAUUGUAUGUUGUACACAAAUAAAAGCAGUUAACUGACCACAAUGACCAAAAUAUGACCAUUAAUGUCUCUAAUUGUUUUACACACCAAAAUGAUGAUUUUAGUCAAAUUAUGAAAUUAUUUAUAAUAGAUUAUACCUUAUUCAAUUGGCAUAAUUAAGACAUUAAUUGGAUAACAUAUUAAAUUCAUUUUUAAAAAAUAUUUGUACGAUGUGCCCGGUGGUAUUUCACAGUUGUAUAUAUCUGCAUUGAAUAUAGACAUCCAGGUUUGAUCCAGCUAAUGCAGAUGAAAUGGUAGCUGAUUGUUUACUGUUUGCCAGCCAUUAAAAAUCCAUAUAGAUUAUUUGUAAAGUUGCAGAAGAAUCAUUACUGAUAUUUCAUAAAUUAUCUUCAAAUAAACAAUACCCCCUAAUUAUCU